ACUUAAUGCAUAUAAAUGAUCGAUAUAAAUAAACAACACCCUUCGUACAACAAAAUCGGUUCGGACAAGAAAAAAAAAGACAAUUUCCAAAUAAUCCAAGUAAUAAAUUUGAGUGAAACUCAAACCGACAAAAUAAAAUGGAACAAUGCAGUAGCUUAGUUAUAGAUGAUAGUUUCGAGAUGCUCAAGGCCUUGUACGAUUUCCAAGCAGUUUAUCCAAAAACUAUAAGUUUCUUUGAAGGUGAACAUUUUAUCUUACAUCAAACCAGUGUGAAACAGCGAAAUUGGUGGCAAGUCAUUAACAUGAAAGGGUCGAUAGGAUUUGUGCCAUCAAAUUACGUAAAUAAGAUUAAGGUAAAGCCAACCUUUCUACUGGGAUUCCUGGAAUCGGUCUUAGAAUUUUUGAAAUUGUCCAAGGACGAAGAUAUUAACGGAAUCAUUACUAGAACAGAACUGAUCGAAAGACUAGAAGCCAAAAAAACGCAAGUCAAACUAUCUGCCAAAGCCCUUGAAAGUGAUAAUGACAGUGUGGGAAGUUAUGAGAACAUACCAAACGGUCAAAUAAAAACGAGUGAGUCAGUUGCCAAAUCAGAAGUACCCGCAAGCACAAAUGCACCCCCAAUAAUAAAGGAAAGUCCGUCAGUCACAUCUAGUUUGGGGAAACCCGAAGAGCUGGUCACACCAUCGACAGCACAUGACAAUAGCAUCACAUCUGAUCCGUCUGAAGCGACAAAUACGAUUAGCGACGAUGCCACAGUUCUGAUCAAGACGGUCAAAUUAAGUCAACCGAAAACAGCAUCGCCCAGCACGUCCAAUGAGGACACAACCACAUACGAAUCAAAUGACAAGACAAAAAAAUGUGCCAAAACGAAGCAAGUGCAGCAAUUGGAAGUGAGCCAAAUCGAAGUGUAUCAAAUAUUGGAUUCAAUCCGUCAAACGACCAACCUUAGCCACGAACUGUCGUGUGUGGCGUUGAAAGUGGUGCUGUCCGAAAUAGAAACCAUUUAUUCCACUCCGGUGUUGGAGUUCAUUGAACCGAUCGCGAAGCAUUUCACCGCAGAACAGUUAUCGGCACCGGACGAAUUUAUCGAGCAUACGCACGAUUCGCACAGAUUGAAACUGAUAUUCGGCCAGUUGGCCGAGUGUAAAAACGAUUCGGAGCAGCGGACCUGGAUGUUGCACGAGGAUGAAGAUUAUAUUGUGCAGUUUCUGACCGAACUGAUUGAUAUAUUGAAAAAUGCCGACAAAAAGGUGUGUCGAUUCGAAUUGUCCUGCGACCAGUACCAAAGCAUUUACAAUUUAAUUCAGUACUAUCAAAUGGAGACGCGAUGGCGCAUCAAAACUCUGAUUCUGCAAGCAUUCAAGGCACUGUGCUACCUGGAUAAGAACGCAAUUGAAGUGUUGUUAAUGUCAGUACUGCCGUUAGAACUGGUAAACGACAUCAAAUGCAACUCGUCGGAUUUGAACCGUCUCAAAGACCUGUCAUUAAUGCUAACAAUGAUCUAUGCCACCGGACUGAAAAUGCCAACAUCCCAUCCAGAGCACAUUGGAACGGAAUUCAUUCUCUUCAUACUGGACAUAAUUGAAAUUCCGCCCGAAGCGGAUGUCCUUGAAAUCAUUCCUGACAUUAUGAUCAACCUGAUUUUAUCGUUGAAUCUGCAAUUCGAACAUUUUGCUGACAAUUUCAUUUUGAAUGCGAUGCAGAAAAUAUCAUCAGCAAAGACAUUCACCGAAAAGAUUUUGGUUCUACUGAAUCGAGAAGAGGAUCCGCUGAAUAUUUUCGACCAUUCAACACCGCCGAUCAAUUCGGUGCUGAAGAUGUUUGUCGACCUGUUCAUUGCACCGGAAACGGCGAAUCUAUUCUACACAAACGACAACAAAGUAUUGAUUGACAUUCUAGUAAGACAGUUAUCUGAUCUGUCGGCCGGAGAUCCGCUACGACGUUGGUAUUUGGAACUAUGUCGACGCAUCGUACGGAACACAAAUUAUGCCGAACAUUCGCACCGAAAAUCCGAUUUGAUGAAAAUUUUCACAAGAAUAUUCUGCGAAGAAACGGAGUGUAGCUUAAAGGACCAGAAAUUAGUGAGAGAAAUAGCGAACGAGUUUCCGCAAAUAUUCAAAGCUUAAAGCAAGUUGGUAGUUUUGUUGUUGUGUUUAGACCCGCGGUUCGAGUAAGUACUUGUAAAUUGAAUAAUUUUCUGUUGUUUUCUCGUCACCUGUACAAAUAUUUUCAUUUUAAAGAAGAAGAAAAAAAGAAAUUUUUCCGUUUUGUGAUACAAUUGGUAACUUAAUGUAGGAACCAUGCUAAUGUCGUGCUUUUCUUUUUGUAAAUAACUGAACUUACUUGCAUGAACGAGUAAAUUUUUGAUUUUUAAACAAAUGCUUUGUACGGAUUUUAAUAAGUGAGGACGUGCCUCCUUACAAUACAAUCAAUCACUAGGUAAAAAAAAUGUGAAACUUUUGCUGUGUUCACUGGUGGAACAUAUCUCCGUUGGUCCCUUACACCCCUGGCUUCAACGGAAGUUCUCCAAUAAAAACGAUGUUCAAGUGUGUGUGAAAAUAACCUCCUCGACAUUGCACAACAGAUCAAUAAAGUUGAUGUUUGACAGCACAGCCUCCGAGCGCUUUGUCGAGUCACUCGAGGUCUCCAUUCCAUAAUUUUAAAGAAAGAAUAAAAUCGUUUACGGUAGCUGUCGCUGAAGCCAGGGAUGAUAGGGACCCAACCUGUUUUGCCUAGUGAAUUUUACUUUGCAAUUCGUGCCAUAUUCGUAUUAUUAAAUCAAAACUGUUUACGGCACAGUGAAUCGUUAACCUUGAGCGUUGUAUGUUGGUGACUGAAAUGAAAAUUAAUAUCAAGCACGUCUGCAUUGGUUAAUGUUAGAGAUGCAGGAACCGAUUGGUAUGCAAGGAGAUUUUACCGUUUCGAUUGUAUUGCAACAACGAAUGACCAUUUCAUAGCAAUUUCUUCUCAUGAGAUACAGUUCUUAAUUGACUGCAACGAGAUAUUCUUUCUCAGAAACAGUAUCAUUGUAACAAUUUCCCAUGUUAUCAUUUUACGAAGUAGCAAGCGUGGCAUAGCAUUACAUUCAUAAUCAUUGAAUCAUAAGGAUAUUCAAGUGUUGGAUGGAAAACUUUAUUAGUUUUAGCUUACUAUUUGCUCGUCGCUGAUCGUCAUCGAUAACAGAUGACUAGCCCUUUCUGAAAGGUUCAAGAAUCCAACCGAAAGUUUGUUGUGACUUGACCUUCUCAGUGAUUCCUCGUCUUGCACCACCAAGCUGUGAACCCAAUUAAAUUUUCUAGACCACUGUGUGACCUUCAAAAAACGUUUGUUAAAUUGGGUGAUUGGGCCCGUCAUAUCGGAAUAUCUGAACUCACUUUUGUGAAUGAAAAUUAAAUGGAUUUAAUUCUCAAAAGUGUACGGAAACGAAAAAUAAAUGAUGCCACAAGCUUAGUUUCUUCCAGCUGGAUAUGGAUUUUAAAGUUGGUAAAAUCGACCAGCCCUACUAGAAUUAUUUAGAAAUCGUCUUGCAUAACAGUCGAUUACCAUUCCAUAAUUUUUGUGACGCACUUAAGAUGUUCCAAUCCGAUAUCCGCAUAAACAUUAGUCACCAAUUAUGCUUCUGAUAUUAGUUUUCAAAUUAGUGACCUACAUGACGAGUACACCAGGGCACCAAUUACUGCAGCUAUAUGAUUUCCAAAAUCGAUCCUUUAAUUUCUAAAUAUAGUAAGAGUGUGUGUGUGUGUGUGAGAGAGAGAGAUAGAGACAUAUUUGAAUAAAUGUAUAGAAUUCCGCUAGGGCCUACUCAAAUGCAGGGAAAAAUUAAGAAAACCAAAGUAAUAAAUUGAACAUCAACAAGUAAAACGAUAAAUGGGUAAAAUCGUAAUCACUAAACGCUUUUUUGUAAAUAAAAUUCUGUUCCGAAAUUAAAUUACAAUUCAAACACCAUUUUUCGUGUGGAUAUUUAUAAUUGAUUAUAUCUGUCUAAAUUCUUGAUGUUAUGAACAGUUUACUUUAAA